AUGUCACAAACAACUCUUCCAUCUGAAGUAGAAAAGCAUACGUACUUAGAAACUGCCGGGUCAACUGUCCUUGAACCAAAAACCUUCAGGAGUAUGCGGUAUUUUCAGGUAGUUGGAGUUGUCUUUUUAGCGUUUCGUGUUACUAAUGCAGCCUGGGACAAAAUAUGCACAGAAGAUUACCAAGGCCAGUCUGAGAGUUACAGCGAGAUGUACGAACAAAUGACAGGAAAACCUGCACCUGAAGUUUUAAAUCAAUAUGGGAAUUUACCAUACACUGGCUUCAAAUUCCAGAAAUAUUACGAAAUUUCAUUGAUACCCCUGGUUUUUGAGAAUCAUCUGAAGAUGACUUUUUGUGAGAAGGGUAAGAUCAAAUGGGAACAUGUCAUACCAAUUGGUGAUGAUAUCAAUUGGACUACGCCACUUUGUACCAUGCAAUCAGAUUCAGUUCAUUGUUUUAAGCUAGCUAGGAGGAAAAAGUAUAUUUUUAGGGAAUUUUCCUUAUUCUUCCCAGGUUCUUGGGUUGGUGGGAUAUUUUAUUGUGAUCUCGCUGAUCGUCAUAAGAACGAAACAUUAAAGUUCCUCACCAAAAAUCAAAAUGAUUCGACUUAUAAAAAUUUCUUAAACAAGGAAUUAUGCCUUAUAAAUAACUCCAUACCUUUAAUGCCACUCUAUGCCGACGAUUAUGGAAGUAAUUGGUUAGAGGUGAAGAGGGGGAAAAGGUUUAGGAACGUCAGAUUUCAAAAAUUUGUUCCUUAUUUAAAUACCCCCAACAUUCCCGCCAAAGUUAUGGAAAAUUUUGAAAGCAAAAUUAAGAAUGGUACGUUACUGCAUAAUUGGAAGAGACCAAUUAAUGAAAUAAUGCUUGAAUAUUGGAAAAAUUAUAGUAAAAAGGAGACAACCCCAUGGUUUAGCGAAAUUAAUGUAGAAGAGGCGUAUCAAUUUACAGGGCAAGACUACUCGAAAUUAAGAAGAUUGAUGGAUAAGGCAAUCAAUCGAUUCAGUAAAAUUACGUUGAUACCGCACAGAGCACUAAAACGUCUCUUUUCUGAGCUGCGGAAUUCCAAGAAUGGAGAGUUAAAAAUCAGUAAGCCAAAAAUCAGAAGAAGACUUAUUUCUAGAUUGAGCAAUCAUUUCUGGAAACAUUUAUCACGAUUUGAUAAGAGAACUGUGAUAAUCAAUGAACAUCGAGCAAAAUUCAAAGAUGUUGAAGAGGAAUGGAAUAACUUAAAUAUUACAAUGGAAAGAUUUAAUUAUGAUAAAAUGAAUUAA